ACGCUGGAUGAACAGGAUGAGCUUAGGAUCUAAAAGGUCCGUUUUAAAGCCACGAGGCCGGCAUGGCAAUGUCUUAUAAUACCAAACCGACUACUACAUAACAAGAAAAUACAUCCAUAAUCUAUAGUGAGAACCACAAUAUAUACACCUCACAACUAACAAUUCUCGAGCGGAGAACCGCUUGAGCGACUCUGCGUAGUAGACGCUUAGUAGAGACCAAGAGAGGGGCAGCUGGUAUGUAUUAUGAGAGCCAAGGUAGCUUGUGUGGAGUAGUGUGGAGAGGGGAGUAGCGGAGUAACCGGGGCCAACAGGUACAAGUAAAUACCUUCGAGAAAUAAGUGGGGGAAAAAAUGACUCUUAGCUCACGGUCGGGGCCCAGGGUCCCGUCCGACAUCCAGGCAAAGCCCCAGUUGCUCGCGAGGAUUCGUCUGCACCACACCUUAAUUUUGUAUAUUAAAAAAAUCCCUCAAUUUAUUCCAACAAUCUCAAGUGAUCUAUGAUCUAUGAUCUAUGACAAUACCCAGUGAGUGGAUCCAUAGAUCCCUCAGUGAUCUAUGAUCAGUUUAGUAACUAAAGUGAAGUUCAAGGUCAGAUCAGUGAUUUAAGUGUUGAGUUUAGUGAUCUAGACUAGUGAUCAGAAUGCCGAAGAUAUUUCUGAUAAAGAACCGGCUGCACCAGCAGCAGCUGAGGUUGUUGGAGGCCCAGCACCUCAGCAAGUCACCCCCUAGUGGAAAGGAUAGCCCUCUUACAACCGAACCGCUAAGUCUAAUUGUCAACAAGCACCAGUAUCGCGAUAAAACCGAGGACGACCGAGCUACAACACCUGAAUCAGUCCGUAGUGUAAGUCCGCCUGGAUCCCCCCCGCCACAAUGGCAACCUUCAUCGGGCCCAAUAAAUUCCGGUCCCCGGCGCUUUAUCUCCAGCAUCCUAGGCGGUGAUGUUCCGUACGGUAGCCGCAGCCACGUGUUAACUCGUGCGGAGCGCAAGGAGUACGGUAGUCCGGCGAUCUUGCCGGAAAAACUGCCCCGAACACCGGAAAAAAUAGACCUACCGCGGCCGGUAACACCACCCAAGACCCCAAGAGUGGAACCACCCACCAGAGUGUCAGUGAUCCAGCGAGUCCCCACCAGAAAGGAGACUAUUGAAAUUCCAAGAAGUGAGCCUGAACAGGAGCAGCCAAUUGACUAUGCGGUUCCUAAGAAGAAAGAGGAGGACCAGGAGGAUGAUAAGGAGGGCGCUAAAGCCUCCAGAAUAGGAAACUCCAUUGCCAGGCCGUUGUUGGCUAUGCGGCUGUCUGCUCCUCAGACGGUAAACUGUGCGGCGGGUCAUGGCCGUGCUAGCUCAGGGUCUGGAUCUUCAGGAAGUUCAGGAGGCAGUUCAGGAGGCAGCUAUUCCGGUGGUUCAGGCGGUGGAGAUCUUGGAGGCGCGUCAAUUGGCGGUGGAGGAGUCGGCGGUGGAAGCGCUGGUGGUGGUGCUGGCGACGGUGGCAUGAAUCCUGGAGGAAACGGCCGGGGUAAUUACGGCCCGAGUUCGCCUCCAUCUGGCUCGUUGCCGCCGUUUUAUGAAUCUUUAAAAGGUGGGAAUAAUUUAGCUAAUUUCGUGAACCAAUACGGCCAAAAUGGCUUUCUGACGCCGACAAAUGUUGGAAUGGAGUGUGAUACAGGUCAACCUGAGAUCCAGCAGCAGUACAACGCUCAGGAAGGCAAGCAGUACUCGUUGCUACAAAAUGUCUGUGCGUCUUACGGACUGGUCCUUAAAGAAGAGACUGACGAGGAUGAUCUAGCGGAUUAUAAAAUCCAGCCGGAUUUACUGGGUGGGCAGUACGGCUACGAUGUGACGGAUUCUGGGAUGAUGGUGGACAUGGUAACUGGAGCGGUGGUGGACCCACUUCAAUUCACAGCGACCUUGACAUUUAGCUCUCCAUCUGACCACACCGCGCUACUGGAGAGCCUAACUGACGCUGCGGAAUUGUUCCUCCCUCGAUUACCAGCCGAUGAAGGUGGAACUGACCUACUGGAAGACUCCUUGCACUCACCAGGGUCAGCCGAGGGACCUAUGACCACUCCAGUGGAACCAUCAGUGGAUCCGUUCCCAGAACACAGUCUGGCCCUUCGAGGAUUCGAUAGGCAGUACAACCAAUUCUCCUUAUCGAAGCUUCCAAGUCUUCCUUACCCUGAAGAGAGCAGCUACCAGCCUCUUGCCAAAGAACGCCCCGAGCUGGCUUUGCACAUCAACCAAGGCCAGACUGAGCCUCAGUUACAGCAGCUGCAGAUCCAGGUACAGAAUCCUGCGCCGCAUCAAGGAUUACUAAGCCCAGGAUUGACCUUCUCUGGUGGCCUGGACCUUGAUAGCAGCACCGGUGGCAGUCUUCCGAGUCCUGGAGGUGUUAGCUCCGUUGACAACUCCACCAGCACAUCUCCAGCUUGCGGAUUGAUGGAACACGCGCCCAGUCCGUCGGGAGUCAGCGCCACUGUGAGUUCAAGUGGCGAAUCCCGGCCUGGUGCUCUUCAACAGAGGCUUGGUUUGCCGGGUGACUGUCAGCUUGAGUUUGUCAAUGGAGGUCAUGGGAUCAAGAACCCACUGGCUAUCGAAGGACAGAGACAGACCACGCGUGAUGAGGAGCGGACCACCAGGCCACCUUCUGGCAAGGAUGAUGACCCUAAUAGGUUCUCCUGUAGGAUCUGCAGCAAGACCUUCAGCCUCCAGCGGCUUCUAAAUCGGCACAUGAAGUGCCACAGUGAUGUUAAGCGGUACCUUUGCACAUUCUGCGGCAAAGGAUUCAACGACACCUUUGACCUGAAGCGCCACACGCGUACUCACACUGGUGUCAGGCCCUACAAGUGCAAUCUGUGCGAAAAGAGCUUCACCCAGCGGUGCUCCUUGGAGAGUCAUUGUCUUAAAGUUCAUGGUGUUCAGCACCAGUAUGCUUACAAGGAGAGAAGGACAAAGGUCUAUGUAUGUGAAGAAUGCGGCCACACCACCCAGGAACCGGAAGUCCACUAUCUUCAUCUCAAGGACAAACAUCCGUACAGUCCAGCCCUGCUGAAGUUCUACGACAAAAGACACUUUAAGUUUACCAACAGUAAUUUUGCAAAUAUGCUACUGCAGGUGCGCACCUAGAUUUAUCAUUUGGUUAGGACCCCGGGGAAUUUAUUUACAAGCUCAGUAUUUGGUCGGGUUUAUAUGGAGGAUCAUGUAAAUAUUUAGUGGGUGGUGGGGGACAUUUUUUUUAGGUUUAGAAUCGUGCACCGGAUAAGUUUAAGGGGUUAUAAGUCGAGUCAGGGGUGGUAGGGAG